AUGCGUGCUUGUGCCAUCCUGGUGGUCGCUGCUGCCGCUGUACUUACCGGUUCUACUGCUAUAUCCUCCACCGAUGCUUUGGAGCUGGCUACGCUCUCCAAGACUGCCCAGGACGUCGAACUAUCGUCCGUUGCUGCGCAGCCAAGAAGCAACAUCCAGCGGCGUUUGAGAAAACAUAAGACUGUCAACACCAAUAGCGAAAUGGAGUACGAAUCGGAAGCGGAAGCUAGAGGCUUGGUGCCGGAGAAGCUGACCAACCUCGUGAACAAGUUCAAGAAGGUGGGGGGAGAAGUCAUGCUCAAAACCAAGAGCUUGAACCAACUGAAAAAGCUUUCUGAAAAGAUGGAGGAAAAAAGUUUGUAUGCGCUUACUGAUUUGGAGAAGAAGGGAUACACUCCUGAAACGCUCAGGGACGCCAUCAAGAAUACCCCGCCCAAGGGAAUGAAGGAUGCAGAUGCCGAUGAGCUAAUAAAGUUUUACGAUGAGUACUGGAAAAUCUUCCAUUAA